AUUUAAAUUCAUACGACUUUUUCUUAACACAUCCAUCCAUGUAACUUGUGUCUAACAAACCAGCGUUACAAACGGUAAUUCAAGUCUAGCACAUCCAGUGGAGACAAGAUCCACCCAUUUCCUGCAAAUUGCAUUCAUCAACAUUCAGGAAAAAAUCAAUGGCAUCAAGGAUUCCUCAGAUGCAAUCAAAGGUAGCUCAAGCAUCAGCAGCAGUGUCAAACCAUGGAAGUUCAUAUUACAAGCUGUUAAUGGAGCAGAACAAACACUAUAUCCAAGAACCACCUACGGUCGAAAAGUGUCAGUCAUUGGCCAAACAAUUGUUGUAUACUCGACUCGCCAGUAUUCCUCAUCGUUACAAUGUAUUGAGGAAGGAAUUGGACUAUGCUAAGAACAUAAUGAAGAACAAGCAGGAUCUGAACUUGGAGAGUGCUAGCUAUGCUGCUUUGUUUGGACUUGAAUGUUUUGCAUGGUUUUGUGGGGGUGAGAUUGUGGGAAGAGGAUUCACUAUCACUGGCUACUAUGUUUAAUUGUUGAAAAUUUGCAUGUUUUGAUCAUAAGAUCUUUGAUCUACUUUAAUUUGAUGUCAUGAAAUGACAAUUGAAUUA